ACCUCCCAGGCCCUGCUUUCUCUCCUUCAUUCUCUCAUUCUAGUAAUUCUUCUCUAGCCUCUGCCCCAUCCUUUCAUUCCUUUCCUGGCUCCCCCUUUUCCCGCUCUUAUUCGAUCUGUUCAACCAUCCCCCCACGCUCUCCCCCCUUUUCCAUCUGGAACUAAUUAUUCUCUCUGGGAAAGGAACUUUCAGGAAAUUCCAUCCUAGGGUUGGGUUGGGGGGGGGGCAGAAGAAAUCCCUUUUUCAGCACUUUCUUUUCUGCACCUCCCUCUCCGUUCUGAGUUCCAUAGUCUCUUCUUCCGACCACAUCCCUGUGUGCGUCCGUCCCUUAAGGCCUUUGCUACGCUUUAUUUUAUUUUGAUUUUUCCUUCACGUAAUUCUUUUCCAAAAUUUGUCCUGGUAUCUCUUUAAGAACCAGACGCGAGAAAGCAAGGGGAAAUGGGCGAGCCGUGAACACGCCCCACCCUUUUAACCACUGCUUUGCCAGAGCUGUAAGCGGAGUUGAGCUGCCGAGUUGAGCCGAGCGGCUGGAACUUUACUCGCGAGAUGGAACAAGGUAUAAAUAAAUAAAAUUCCGGGCCACCACCCAAGAAGGGAGGAGUGAAAGUAAGGGAAGAGGAGAGAGAGAGAGAGAGAGAAAGGGAGUGUGAGAGGCGGACAGAUGAAAGGAAAGAGGAAAUUUGCUGGGGAUUUCUGAGAACUGCGAGCGAACUUCCCGCACCUAGCAGGACAAACUGGCGACAGGAUCCAGCUUGGAACGCCAGGAGGAUAUACACACUUUGUGGCUCUGGUUCACUUGGCACUGCCUCUUGGCGGAGGCAGCGGAUCGGGGCGACUACAAAAGCAGGAAGAAAGACGGGACAGUCCUGUGAGUCACCCGGAGGAGCUGUGGGGGAAAAGGACAUUGGAGUGUUUUCUCUGCAAAGAUGCCCAUCCUCAAGCAGUCCCCUGUCUCCCACUCAAAGAAGCGGCCACGUCUGGAUCGGGCGAUGAUCAGCGCCCCCUUGGGUGAUUUCCGGCACACGAUGCACAUUGGCCGUGGUGGAGAUGCUUUUGGUGACACGUCUUUCCUCAGCAACCAUGGGGGCUCCAAGGCCAAUGGGCUGCCUCCUGAUGUGUCCGUGUCCCCUGGGGCCUUCUCUAGUCCUGGAGAUGUUUCUGGCCGAUUUGAACUGUUGUCUCCCCCUGGUAGCGGGAAUGGCUUAGUUCAAAGCCCAGCAACGUCAACCCCUGAUGGCAGCUUUGUGGUACUGCAGCACCCAGAGGCGGCAGAGCAGCAGGCACAGGAGCCCCCUAAUGGAGGAGACUGGGACCUGCAGCAGCAGUUCUCCUUGGCGAGCCCCAAAUUGGAACAUGCUGAAUCCCUUCUCUCUUUCCAGUUGGACUUGGGGCCUUCCAUCUUGGACGAUGUGCUUGGAGUGAUGGACAAAGACUGGAACAGCAUCAGAGGGCAGGAACAGGAAGUGCUGAGGGUUGAAAGCUCCAGCCCAAUGGGGCAUCCCCACCAAGGUGAUGGUGGUGAAGACGACGAUGAGGAUGAAGGGCCGGGCUACAGUUUUGAGGAUGAACAGGAUGAAGAGAUUGGACUAUAGGAAGGAGCAGUGGUGCUGGUUUUGUUCACUGUGGCUUCUCCAGUUCCCUGCCCCCCUUACCCCAAAUCUCCUUCAGUCCUCUAUUUCUGCAGAAUUUCUCAGCCCUUAUAUUUGUCACCAGCUGGCAGCCCAAACAUGGUUUGCAAACGACUGCCGGUUGACCCACUGCCUAUCUAUGCCUGCCCCGCCCACCCAAAGGAGCCAUUUAUUUCAAAGUGCUCAUGACUGAGUUCAAAAGUAAAAUGGACAGAGUCAGACAGGUUGGCUGCACCUCCAGUGUGAUUCUUGCUGUCUCCCUUCCCUUGUGAAGGAAAAUCAGUGUGCCGGUCUCUGGAAAUUUCAGGUCUGGCAAUUGUAAGUUAAUAAAGGGGAGAAGGGAAAGGAGUUUGGCCCUCCACCCUUGUGAUCUGCCCUGUGAAGCUGCGUCUGAAAAAUGGAAUUGCAGUGCACAUCCAAGAAACACCUGUCCAAUUCUUGUAGUCCCUCCCUAGGCCUGGAAUGGUGCAAAUCUUUUGAUGUACUUAAAAAUGCAUUUGUUUUAAGCUGUCUCAUUCAGUGUUCUACUUUGGUUCCCCAGACUUUAUUGAACUACAGUACCCAUCAUCCCUGACCACUGGCUAAGCUGGCGGGGGAUGAUAGCAGUUGUAGUCCAACAACAUGUGGAGAACCAAGGUGGAAGAACACUGAUACUGUUAGAAAGCCUUCUGGUCUGUCUCUGACCUUCCACUUCUCAGUUGUUUGACAACCAUAUAUCGGGCUUGCGCCAGCUGCAUUCCAUCUCUUGUACUCAACCGUUGAUCUCUCUCCCUCUCUAAACUUGGAACAGCUUUCGAUACGAGUCGGAAGGACAGUUGGGCUCAUCACUUGACGGAUGGGUUGGACAUAAGUUUAGCAAACGGCACGCUGAUGGAAGGCUGGGCAGACAGCGGAAAGAAUGCUACAUACUCAUUUUGAUGCAUCUGUCAGUCUCCAGCUAUUUAGCCAGUCACCCUACAGUUUUCCUACUCAAACUCUACUCUGUUGGAGUAUUCAACAGUGUGCAAGCGAUGCAUCUAUUUAUUCGCCUGCCCAACAUUCUCUUUUCAUCUCAUCUAUCCAUUGAUCCCAGAGUCCUUUCUGUCCAGAAACCUGUUCACUGGUGGCUGGUUUCUUAGUAUGGCAGUGUAUCUAUGUAUCCAGCAGUCAUACUGCCAACAUUGCAAGGCCUCCAGGGCUGGCCCUACCAUUAGACAAAGUGAAGGGGCCGCUUCAUCCAGCAGAUGCUGAGGGGAAGCAGCAGCAGCAGCCCUUGGCUGCUGCUCCUGAGCCCUUCCCUAUGUAGCCACUUGGCCUGUCCAAGGUCCCUUAAUCAGAUGUGGUGGAAGAGGCUAUCCCAUCUUCAGUGUUGAAGUAAGAUUCAACUGCCAGUUCAGUUGUCUUCUGUAUGUGGAGUCGGGUGGGAGGGCGGAUCUGCCUCAGGAAGUAACUGUCUGGGGCCAACCCUGAAGGGCUCUUGCUGGGGGUUACAUGCCCUGCUGUAAUCCAAGACUGUUGGGGGAGGAAGUCUGUUUGGAGAGGACUUGCUAUUUUGGGAGGAAAAUAGAUGCUAUUUAGGGUGGAAGAAAGGAGAGGAGCCACCUUGCCUAACCACUCAAGUGACCAAUCAAGAGAAGAUGGGCUGAAGGAAGGAAGGAAGUAUGUUUGGGGCAUACUGUUGAGCAGACUUGUAAACAAACAGUUGUUUGUUUACAUUUCUCAGAAUUGUUGAGCAAUCCACCUGGUCACCCGUAACAAUUGCCUGCAGGUGACUAAGCAGAAACCCUUUUGUAUGUUAUAAGACAGGCUCCCUCCCCCCCCCUUUUUUUUUCCAGUCUACCAUCAUACCAAAAGUGACUAAAAUAGGUACAUGUGGGCAAGCUGGCUAGAACAUUGCGUGUUUUUUAUGUCCUUUGUGUGUCUGCAUGCACAUGUAUUUUUUUGCAGACUUAUUUGCAAAGGACCAAACUGGGAAUGUGCAGGUGGAAAAACAACCCACAUCUUUUUGUUUGUCUUUAAAGCUGUAAUGGGGUCAGGAGUGCAUCAACAGAUUGCAUCUCCAUCAAACAUGAACUGGACAGCCUUCUAAAUAAGAUGCUUUUAAAGCUGGAUGCAAUUUAGUGGACUAGAGGUGAUAAUAACUGGAGAGGAAUUUACUGGCAGAUACUAGCUGACAGACCUUUAGAAAAGCCUCAAAGCAUCCUAUACCUGUGACCUGAGAUCCCGUUAUCCCUUAACCUUCUGUCCCUGUGUUAAAAAUGACAUUCCAUUGCAGAUGGGCUUGCCUCCCUAAACCAGCCUGCAUGGUUAUUUGUUGGCAGAAAUUUUAACUCUGCCUGUCUCCUGAGUGUCCGCACAGUAUUGGUUGGUCAGUGGUAAGCAGGGGAACAGUUAAGCUAUCCCCUUACCCAAAUCAUCCAUGCCUCUCUCAUUCCCCUUCCCACUUCUCCCUCCAGUGCUGCCACUGGUUUCUUCUCCAUAACCUUGUUUAUCUGUCAUCGCACUCCUGUUCCAGUGUGAUGCCACAGUCAAGAUCACCUUGCAUCAGCAAGGUGCCUUAAGAGUUGGGAAAAGAUUGGCUUUCAGUUCGUUAGGUGCACACUUAGGAAUGAUUUAAUCCAAGCCGGGGUUGUGUUUUGUUUUUUAUGUUUAAAUCCUGUGUACUUUCUCCAGAUGCAUUCAUCACAAUUGAAAGGGUGUAACUGGAAUGUAUGUGCCCUUGCAUGCAGUCUUUUGAUUUGGUCUCUUCUCACCCGCUACCAAAAUUAUUAAUUGCAUUGCCCAAAUGGGACCGACCACUUCUUGCCCUUCCGGCAUAAUGGGGGCCAAGGCUUCACUGUGUCUCUAUGCAGGUGGGAUGAUGGGCACAAGUAUGUUCUCACUGCCAACUCUGCCACUCCUACCUCUUAUCUAUAGAUGGCCACCACAUCUCUGGUAUGGGAAGGUGCCAGGCAUUUUGUUCAGCCCAAUCUCUGCUCUCUUGCAAGUGAAAGGAGGGGAUUUUGAAGGAAAGGGUGGGACUAGGAAGGACUGUUAAUAUGGCCACCCCACCAUGAACUUCACGCGUUGCAGCGUUAUCUCAGCAUAUAUGGUGAUAAGGCUUGCCAAUAGUUUAUACUGCAUCUUCCAGCAAGGAGCUAUGUUGAAGAUGGAAGCAAGGAUGGUGGUACUGGGGCUCUUUGGAAGAGAAUUUGUGUGCACUGUGGGGGGCUUUUGGGGGGAGGGAAUGACCUAGGGCGAUCAGGGGUUCUCUGUCUAGGAAAGGAGGGGAGCUUUGAUGUGUUAGGCAGGUCAAAGGAAUUCAGUUGAGUUUUGCAAAAAGGGACUAGAGUAGAACUAGUCAGGAUGGAAGUGCUGUUCCCAUGAAUUUUCUAGACAGGGAUGGGGAAAUCUGCAGCCCUCCAGAUGUUGGAUUUAAACUCCCAUCAGUCCAGGAUGGCCAAUGGUCAGGGAUGAUGGAAGUUGAAAUCCAUCAAUUUCUGGAGGGCCACAGGUUCCCAGUCCCUCUAGAAUGUUGGUUUUCAGCCCUGUGCUUAAAUUAUGGGGUGAGGAAGGCAAAGCACUUGGGUCCCCAGAUGUUGCUGGACCACUGACAGCAUGGUCAAUGGUCAGGAAUGAUGGGAAUUGCAGUCCAUCAACAUCUGGGAACCCAAGGUUGAAGAACACUGAGGAACCUUAAUAAAAUCCACAAGCUUCUCCCAAUGAUUUCAGCCAAAUAACACCCCCACUGUAGCCUUCUGAAAACAGAAGUGAUGAGGUCUGUUACAAGUCGAGGGGAAGAUCCCUUUAUAAUUUAAGCGCUGCUUCAGCCUGUUGGAUGUGAUCUACAUGUAUCAUUUAUGGGGGAGUGAGAACUGCUCAUGGAUAUCGCUCUUCAAUGAAUAUGCAUUGGGACCCCAAAAAAGAAGUGGGUGAUGAAGGUGGAGAAGAAGACAAGUAGAAAUAUGGGUGGGGUUAGGAAAGGGGAGAGAGUGAAGGUAUGUCUACACUACACACUUUAAAAAAUGAUUCUACAAUGAGUUUCACUUUCAUAGCUUCCCCACCCUAAAUCCUGGCAACUGUAACUGUGCGUGGGUGCUAAACAAAAAAACACCCCUCUAUAGGACAGCUCUACCCAACCCCACAUAUGCUACAACUCCCAGUGUUCCCCAGGGAGAAGGGGUGAUGAUUAAACCAAUGUGUUUGCAAUGCAGAUUUGCUCAGAAGAGGAGAGGGUGCACAUCCGAAAAAUGUCAUAGGAUGGGGCUAAACGUGAUUCAUGAGUUUGAGAAGGACCAAGCUCUAGGACCAAGAAGUCUUUCAAAUAGAGAGCUGGGAUUCCUGUGGAUUCCUUCUCUGAUGGGAGUGGACAGGGGUGGGUGGGAAUGGGUGGUGACGCUGAAUAGUUUUAAAAUAUAUUUCCUAUAUUAUGCCUUAACUUAUUGCAUAACCUCCAAUUGUCCUUCCUUCUCACUGUGGACUGUGUUUUUUUUUUAAAAUGGGAAAUGUGAAAAAUGAUUUCCUGCAGUGACAUGCAUCAACAAGGUCCAGCCACUGACUGCAAAAAGAGAUGAGGGCUGGACUCUGGUUUCUGUUCUCUUGGGGGGGGGACCUUUCAUUGUUAAUCCUCAUUUAUUCACCCCCAGGUUUAAGCCUGAGCCUUCGUUCACAGAUCCUGCUGCCUUUUUACAUUCCCUGUGAUAAGGCAGCAAGAUGGUUCUAUAUGUACAUUUAUUAUUUUAUAAUAGCUUAUUUUAUGGAAGCCUGUGUAAGAAAAUGUCUAUAUAGCCCUUUUCCUUCUCUACAUCAUGUUAAUUUCAAUCCUACUAGCAGUUUAUUUGUACAGCAACCAAAGUGUUUGAUAUCUCUUGUAAUUAAAAGCAAAUUAGUUUUG